GGGAUUUGGCCCUGGGUGGCCCCCUGCUGACCAAUCACAAGCUCUGCAAUCAGUCCUUGCACACCUGUACCUGCUGAGUAACACGAGGGCCACGCCUAUACCUGUCCCUAUCCCUUCCUUACCCAGGGCCGUGACUUUUAUUAAUUUAUUUUAGCCUCUCUUUUAUGGAUUUUUCACACCAAAACAGGAUUCGGGGAUAAUCCUUUCAACCUGGGAUUUGUGCAGUGAGUGACGCAUACGGCACAACAAAGUGAACUCAUACCUGGGAGGGACAUAUAUUCUUCGAAAAGAUGUUGGCCAAGAUGAGAUGGCGCUCCAUUGUACCCGUCUCUUUAACAGCAGCUCACACCGUGGCCGAAACAAUGGAGUUUGCAGGCAUCAUCCUGCUUCUGUUAGUUUCUGCAUCCCCCACAGUCUCUCAGAAUACAACGGCCAGCCCUCGAAUAUGUGGUUCUCCCUUGGUUUCAAGUAGGAUCGUAGGAGGUACCGAUGCUACCAAUGGGGCGUGGCCCUGGCAGAUCAGUCUACGCUACAAAGGGUCACAUAUCUGUGGGGGGUCUGUGAUCUCCAACCAGUGGAUCAUGACAGCCGCCCACUGCUUUGAAUACUCUAGGACUCCAUCUGACUAUCAGGUUCUUCUUGGUGCAUACCAGCUAUCGGUCGCAUCAGCUAGUGAGCUCCUUUCCAGUGUAGCCCGUGUUAUUGUGAACCCAUCGUUCACUAUCCCAGGGGGCCCAGGAGACAUCGCUCUACUGAAGCUUACAAGUCCCGUUGCCUAUACCGAGUACAUCCUUCCAGUCUGCGUGCCUUCAUCCGCUAGUGGCUUUUACGAAGGCAUGCAAUGCUGGGUAACCGGAUGGGGCAACAUUGGCUCUGCAGUGACUCUUCCAUACCCACAGACGCUCCAACAGGUGAUGACGCCUCUGAUUAGUUGGAGCACCUGUAACCAGAUGUAUCAUGUUCAAAGUGGGAUCAGUUCCAAUAUUGCAAUCGUUCCGAAGGACCAGAUCUGUGCUGGAUAUGCCGCUGGGCAGAAGGACUCCUGCCAGGGAGACUCCGGGGGACCCCUCGUUUGUCAGCUCCAAGGAGUCUGGUAUCAAAUCGGCAUUGUGAGUUGGGGAGACGGAUGCGCUCAGGCAAGCCGACCCGGCGUCUAUACCCUGGUGCCCAAUUUCAAGUCGUGGCUCUCCUCCUACAACGCCACCACAGACAACCCAGACACGUCAAGUUAUGCACAAAAGUCCCACUCGCCGGCCAUACAUAUACACACCCUUCUCAUUGCCACGUGUCUUCUCCUCUACAGCUGAUUCACGGUGGAGACAAAGGACUCAAACUAGACGUAUUCAAUUUUUAUGCCAUUUUUAAUCUUUUUCUAAUUAAUAAACAUAAUGUGAACCAAUGAA